AUGACUCAACGACAUCACCGACAGAUUGUUCUCUGUUUCGAUGGCACGGGCAAGACUUUCCGCGCUGAUGGCAGCGAAAGCAAUAUCCUCAAAAUUUUCGGGAUGCUGAACCGGACAGACGAUGAGCAUUACUGCUACUAUCAACCCGGAAUCGGAACCGACAUCACCCCAACCUCCCUCGCCAGCACUGCGAUUCGCAAGAAGAAGCCAUGGAAUAACAAAGCGCUCGAGCUGGCGUUAGGCCAGUCCUUUGACGGACACUUACUCGGCGGAUAUCGAUUCCUGAUGCGCCAUUAUCGCUCUGGCGCGAAGAUCUACAUUUUCGGGUUUUCUCGCGGUGCAUACACGGCGCGAUUCCUGAACGAAAUGCUAGACUGGGUGGGCUUGCUGAGCGCGGAUAAUGAGGAGAUGAUCCCGUUCAUCUGGGAGGCGUUUGUGGCGUGGAAAUCGAGCGAGGAGAAACAGCGUCAGAAUGCGGAUUAUUUCCUCAAAGCGUGUGCGGAGAAUAUCUGUCGGCGGGUGGAGAGGGUGCAGUUUCUGGGUCUGUUUGAUACGGUGAAUAGCAUUGCGGAGUUCAAGCUCAACUCGGAGACGAUACCCUCGAGUAGGGUUAUUCGGCACGCUGUCAGCAUCGACGAGAGGAGGGUCAAGUUCCGACCGGUUUUAUUGAAUCAGACGCGGGUGGUGCCUCGACAUAGGAAGAAACAUCAUCACGAGAAGAACAUUCCCAUGAUUUUGCUUCAUCGGGAUGAAAAACACGAAGAGAAACCGGAAAAGCAUAUCAAAAACAAGAUCUAUGCGGAAGAUGUCGUCAGCCAGAACCCAUCCAGCAGUGACUCCAUCUCCUCGCCCGAUGCACCUCUUCCCCGGAUCGACGGCAAUGACCAAGAUAUCGAGGAGGUGUGGUUUCCUGGUGGACAUACUGAUAUCGGGGGUGGAUGGAAAUUAAGACCAGGCGAGGAAUGGCCGCUCAGCCAUACGCCUUUAGUCUGGAUGGUGCAGGAGGCACAGCGAGCAGGCCUUCACUUUGAUGAGGCGAAGCUCAAACGGUUCCGAUGCAUUGAAGACGGCACCACGUACCCCAAAGUCGUGGGAGACGAGGCAUUGGGGGAUAUCAAGUCAUGGUCGAGUCCGUUCCUGGACGCGCUGUAUGCAAGCACGAUUGGCUACCACCAUGAUCUCCUGCAGCGCGGUCAUGAAAUCUCUCUCUCAUCGGUCGUGGCUUGGAAGGCUAUGGAAUGCUUCCCAGUCAAGCGAAUGGAGCUGCAGUCUGAUGCAUCGUGGAAGCUGACCCGAUGGCCACCUUCUCUGGGAGGCAUGCGCGAUAUCCCACCCGACGCGCAGGUCCAUAUUACUGCGAUCCGACGAAUGAUGGAUUUCACCGACUAUAAACCAUGCAAUCUAUUCGCGGGAAGUGGUCGGCGAUAUGGAAAGGACAUAAUAUCGUCGGAUGAAAAAGGAGCGUGGCGGCUAUACAAGCAUCAAGGGGAUCCUGUACGGCAGACUUUUAUUCGAAACUGGUAG